AUGAAACUAUUUGUGGUUUUAUUCAUCCUAUUUGGGUCAUCUAAAGGUGCGAAUAUUUUGGGAAUCUUUCCAUUUCCGUACUUUAGUCAUGCGACUCUUCAUCACUCGUACAUGAAGGCAUUGACUGACAGAGGACACAGUGCGACAAUUAUUACAACAUAUCUUGGAGAUUAUGGAACCAAUCCGAAUGUGACUCAAAUUCAUUUACCAAAAUCUGUCGAGAUUCACAAAAAUCACACAGACAUGCUGAUGUAUAAGCGAAAGAACCUAAGUUGGUGGGAUAUUAUGGUUAAUUAUGAGAUGAAGUCAUACAUGAAAGCAAUUGAGUAUGAAAUGGAACUGCCAGAGAUACAGGAUCUCAUCCACAAUAGUUCAAAGUAUAAAUUCGACUUGAUCAUCAUCGAGUGCUACUUCUGUCCAUACUUAAAUAUUGCUGAUAUUUAUGACUGUCCAAUUGUCAUUCUUGGAUCUUCUGAUGUUCCAGCAGCAGUUCAUGAAUUGAUGGGAAACGCCAUUGACCCAACAGAGUACUGUGAAUCUGAAUUUUUACCAUUCAUGCACAACCAAAUGUCAAUUCCGCAGCAAUUUUACUCAACGUUUGUGUACCUUUAUCAAAGCUCAGUGCAUCGACUGUAUUAUCACAUCAAGUCACGAUUAUUAGACAGAAAAUAUUUUGGACACAUUGUCACAAAUUAUGAUGUUAACGCAAUGAGUCGCAUAGCAAUGCUCAUGACCAACACAAAUCAAGCUUUUGGACAUGUCCGACCACUCAUGCCUGACACAAUUCAAAUUGGACUGUCACAUAUUCGAGAUCCAAAAGAUAUUGAGGACAAGGAAUUGAUGAAGUUCUUGGAUGAGUCACAAAAUGGAGUUUUAGUCAUAGCACUUGGCUCAAGAGCUGAUCCAAAAAGUUUAGGUAUUGAGAAUGUUAAGAAGUUCAUGAGCGCGUUUAAUCAGACGAACAUGAAUGUCUUGUGGAAGCUCCAUGGCGUUGAUGAAGGAGUUGAGGUAGCUGAAAAUGUCAAAAUUGUCACUUGGAUGCCACUUUUUGAUGUCAUGGCACAUCCAAAUGUCAAAUUACUGAUCUUUCAUGGUGGAUUGUUAACGUCUUAUGAAGCUAUUGACAGGGAAGUUCCAAUGAUUGUAUUUCCACUGGUUUUUGAUCAAUACAUUAAUACAAGGCACAUGGCACGCAAUGGAGUAGCUUUGGAGAUGGAUUUGAAUAAUUUUGAUGAUGCUUCUUUAGUUAAGGCAAUUGGUGAGAUGCGAAAGCCUUUAUAUGCUGAAAAUAUCAAGAAAUUAAGGAAUUUGGUCUACGAUUUACCAAUAAGCAGCAAGGAACUUGUCAUUUGGAGAAUUGAGAAAGUUUUAAAGUCAUAA